CUCUCGCUUUCUUGCCCUGGCCAUUGGAGAAGCCUUCCACCCUCCUCCUCCUCCUCCUCCUGCUUGUGGAUCAAGCCUGGCAUUUUGCAUUCUCCUCUGGGAAUUGCAGUUGGCUUCGGCAUUCUGCACAGGGAGACAUAAAGAUGAAAGGGACGUGAGCAGGCUGCAAAUUAUCACUGACCAAGGAGACUCAGUUGAUUUUUGGUACAGUAAAUAAUUUUAUGUUAGAAAGAAAGGGAAUUUUACGUUGAGGCUCUGCAUUGAUGGUUGUCGAGGACGACUUGAGGCCCGACUUGAGGCACGAACGAAAGAUCAAAGCCUUUAACAACUUAUUGGGCCUCUAUAUUAGGCCUCAAUAAAGCCCAAAUAAAGUCGUUAACAAUAGGAAGUCCUUUUCUCCGUUUCCGGCCAUCUUCGCUAGCCCUAAGCCGCGCCUUCGUCGGCGCCAUGGGGAACACGGAGAAGCUGAUGAACCAGAUCUUUGAGCUCAAGUUCACCUCCAAGAGUCUGCAGAGGCAGGCGCGCAAGUGCGAGAAGGAGGAGAAGUCCGAGAAGCUCAAGGUGAAGAAGGCGAUCGAGAAGGGGAACAUGGACGGCGCCAGGAUCUACGCGGAGAAUGCCAUCCGGAAGCGCACGGAGCAGAUGAAUUACCUCCGCCUCUCAUCCCGGCUUGACGCCGUGGUCGCACGGCUCGAUACGCAGGCCAAGAUGCAGGUCAUCGGGAAGUCGAUGGGGUCGAUCGUCAAGGCUCUCGACUCCUCCCUUGCCUCCGGAAACCUACAGAAGAUGUCCGAGACCAUGGACCAGUUCGAGCGCCAGUUCGUCAACAUGGAGGUCCAGGCGGAGUUCAUGGAGGGCGCCAUGGCUGGCUCUACCAGUCUCUCCACUCCCGAGUCAGAGGUCAACAGCCUCAUGCAGCAGGUUGCUGAUGACUACGGUCUUGAGGUUUCCGUAGGUCUCCCUCAAGCUGCGUCGCAUGCCAUCCCUUCUGCCAAGGAGAAGGAACCGGUGAAUGAGGACGAUCUUUCGAGGCGCUUGGCAGAGCUGAAGGCGAGGGGUUAGCUCCUCUCAAGGUGUCGGAAAAAUCUUGUUGAAACCACUAUAAGUGCAUCGUCUAUGCUAUUAUUCUCGGUGUCUGCCAAUAAUGCUUCAUAGCCGUGUAGCAUACAUGUGUAACAACAAUCAAUUAUCAAUUCCAUUACAUAUUUGAACUGGGAAAAUCAAACAGACUGUUUUCAGAGCUUAUGAUGGAUCUAUAAUACACUUGUUGAAACUUGUGGUGGGUCCACCAAAUUGAUUGAAGCUUUGGUGCUUUCUCCA